UGGUUUGUAGUGUAUGGAAGCUAUAAAGCUGGUAGGUAUAUAUACCUACAUUAAACUGCCUUGGAGUUCAGACUAGUGCUAGAUUGAGAACAGCAUAACUCUUGUGUGUGUUUGGCUGCCUAACCUUUCCCAACCCAAGAAAAUUUAAUUGAAAGCUAGCAUAGCACUAAUUGUGCAGGACAAGCAAUCAGUAAUUGGAUUUCAUUAACAAGAGGAUCCCAUUGGUCCACAUGAAUCCACCAUGGAAAUAAACAGCCACUUUUCUCCUGUCAGUCAAAAAGCUGACAUCACUCCAUCUCCGCUGGCCUCCCCAGUGUUGAGUCGUCGCCCACCACAGAGUAAUUACUUCACUGACCAUCAGUUACAGCAACAGAUUGCGUCACUGAAACAACAGCAAGAUCUACAACAACAGCUUCUUCUACAACAGUUCCAGCAACAGCAGCAACAAUUAGCGCAGGAACAUGAACAACAGCUUCAGGAACACAUCAAGGUCAACAUGCACCUGGUGUUACUCCAGAAACAACAGGAAUUUAUUGAGCAGCAAAAGAAGUUAGAAGAACAACACAGACUCGAAAAAGAACUUUUAGAAAAAGAAAGAUUGGAACAGAUCAAAAAUAAAAACAAGAAUGAAGAAAGUGCUAUAGCUUCUUCUGAAGUAAAACAGAGACUUCAAGAAUUUGUCUUGACGAAAAAACAAAGGGAAGCAGCUGCACGAAACUCUCCUCCACAGUACCGUCAUUGGGCUGAUCAAAGCUCACCACCACAGACAGGGCUGUCCCCCCCAUAUGGGCCACAUUUAUUAGGAAAAUAUGAAGAUGACUUUCCCUUAAGAAAAACAGCCUCAGAACCCAAUCUUAAAGUGCGCUCUGCUCUGAAGCAGAAAUUGGAAAGCCAACGGAGAAUUACUCACAGCCCAAUUCUCCGAAGGAAGGAAAAGCUGGGACAAGCUUAUCUCAAACGUAAAACUCCAUUAUCAAUUGACUGCAGCAGUAAUUCUGAUUCUGGCCCAAACUCUCCCUCCGGUGCUCCCCAUGGGAACAUGCCAAAUGGAAGUCUUGCAACUCUCCACUCAAAGGAGGAGAACGGUGCCUACCCAUUCUUGUCAAUGUACAGAUCCAUAGGUUACCAUGGUACCAACGAUCUCUACCCAUCCCCAUCCAUGCCCAACAUAUCACUAGGACGACCACCAUCAUCAUCACAGGGAUCAAACAGUAACAGCUCUUCGGGGCCAUCAGAAUCAGACCUUCGAGCCAUGGAGGCAGCUCGACACGCGAUUAAUCCUCUUUCUGGGCACCACAUGCAUGGAACACUACCAUUUUAUCCAUCUUUACCAGCUAUAGAUGGAGAAUUUAAUCCUCAUACAAAUCCAGCAUACAUAUCUGCACAUGUAAAAGCAUUAGAGGAAGCACGCAGCCAAAGUCAGGGUAAACUACAACAGGUGCCAAUGGGGGCCAAUCCAUACACUGCCAUUCCUGGGGCAGCUGUCCCACCUGGUAGUGCUGCCUCCGAAGCUCACCAAGCACAAAUACAUAGGCACAAAAAAUUAGGGCGAACUCAGUCAGCACCGUUACCCUUAGGCCAUCCAUACCUACAGCAGCACAUCCUGCAACAACAGCAGCAACAACAGCAACAACAACAGCAGCAGCAGCAACAACAACAACAGCAGGAAAAGAAGAUGAAGGAAAAGAUGUUUGUAAAGCAACACAUUCGCCAAGCGGUAUUACAGAGGGCCAACAGUAAAACACACAUGGAGAAUGUAGAUGAGGAAACAGAAGCCAAACUACAACAGGAAAUGCGUGAAACGAGGGAACAAAAUGAAUGUAUUGUCAUCAAAGAUAACAAAAUGGAUGACUCCUCGAGUAUGGAGAAGACACCAGACCGAGAAACAUUCCCUGCUCACCACCGUGAGGCUGUCCGACCACGACACAAGGGACCCUCACAUCACCGCCCACUCGCACGCACACAGUCUAGCCCCCUUGUCACCUUCUCAAUGCCCCCUCAGCAGCCCUCCGAGUCCAGCCCAGUUAGAUAUACUUUUACUACAGGGUUAGCAUAUGACUCUAUCAUGCAAAAGCAUGAAUGUACAUGUGGCAACAAUGCCAACCAUCCCGAGCACGCUGGUCGCCUACAAAGCAUCUGGUCUCGUCUCCAGGAACGGGGUCUCAACACGCGCUGUGAGAGAAUAAAAAGUCGUAAAGCUACAAUGGAGGAAUUAAAGAGUUGUCAUACAGAGGCCCACACAUUACUGUAUGGUACAAAUCCCCUGAACAGACAGAAACUUGAUCCACGCUUAUUUGAAAAUUCUCGAUUUUGUUUGUUACCAUGCGGAGGUGUAGGGGUGGAUUCUGAUACUGUCUGGAAUGAACUAAACACAUACAUUGCCGCAAGAACAGCGGCAGGAUGUGUGACAGAGUUAGCUACCAGAGUGGCCUCUGGGGAGUUGAAGAAUGGUUUUGCCAUCGUUCGACCACCUGGUCACCAUGCGGAAUCUCACCAAGCUAUGGGUUUCUGCUACUUCAACUCCAUAGCUAUAGCUGCCAAGCAACUGAGGGAAAAAUGCAAACUAGAAAAGAUUCUAAUUGUUGAUUGGGAUGUACACCAUGGAAACUCAACUCAGCAGAUGUUUUAUAGUGAUCCCAAUGUCUUGUAUAUUUCAAUGCAUCGUCACGACAACGGCAACUUUUUCCCAGGCACUGGCUCACCUGGAGAGUGUGGGGAGGGAAAGGGCCUUGGAUUUAAUGUCAAUAUUGCCUUCGGAGGCGGUUUGAACCCACCCUUAAAAGAUGCAGAGUAUCUGGCAGCAUUUAGAACGUUAGUGAUGCCAAUAGCUAAGGAAUUCCGGCCAGAAAUGGUUUUGGUAUCGUCAGGAUUUGAUGCAGCGGUAGGUCACGCAGCUCCGCUUGGUGGAUAUGAAGUCUCAGCUGGAUGUUUUGGUUACAUGACACGAGAGUUGAUGGGUUUGGCUGAUGGGAAGAUCAUAUUGGCCCUAGAGGGAGGAUAUGAACUCACAGCCAUUUGUGACUGUACAGAGAUGUGUGUGAAGGCACUCCUAGGAGAGGAACUGCCACCAUUAAAAGAGGAGGAGCUACAAAGGUCUCCAUGCCAGGCAGCACUGGAAACAUUAGAGGAAGUCAUCAAGAUACAAGCCAAACAUUGGGUGUGUGUAGAGCGCCACCUUGCGUCAGUACGGUGCUCGCUGGUUGAAGCACAGAAGCAGGAUGUGGUGGAAGCCGAUACCGUCACAGCACUCGCAUCAUUGUCCAUGGUUGCAGCAAAAAGAAGUGAUUCUGCGGAACAGGAGUCUGAACCAAUGGAAGACGAACAAUCUUAACAGUUGAUCACUUGCAGUUGUUACACAUGAAGUCCAAUACCAUUGGUUGUUGUGUUGCCUUGAAGACGACCUUCUUGACGACCUGUCAUGAAGCGGUCAGUCACUUGUUACAAUCAGCUGCGGGUCGGCGUUUUGUGGCAUGGUGGUAGAGCUUUGUGGCAGUGGUGAUGAUGCCCCCUGGUGGUGCUUUGAUACACUGAACGAGUCAAGAGGCAAUUAAUGUCAGUGUUGUAGCCUUAGAAUCCACAUGGUGGAUUUCCCAGAGAAACCCCUGGCAAUCCAGUGAGUUGUCUACCCUGAAGUGAUUUUUUUUGUGGAGUUGUCUCCCCUCUCCCAAGCUUUUUUCAAAAUGUUUGAUAUUGUUAUGAGAGAGAUAAAGUACACAUCACCAUGAUUUAUCUUUCAGAAAAUGUGUAUAUUGUACAACGUGUUGACCGGAACAUACACAGGACUUUUUAUUGUUGUAUAAAGACACCACAGAGUGUGUUACCUGUUGUUGUUCUAUGCUGUUAAAAGUUGUUAAAAAUACUGACCGGUGUAUUUGUACAGAAUGAAUGAACAGUGACCGCCUGCCGUGUACAGUGGAGCUCAUCUCCUGUGUUGUUGGUGCGGGAGGAGACACCUGUAAUCAGGAGAGUUCUGGUGCAAUUUGUGACUGUGAUAGCAUGUUAUAUAAGAAGUUACACAUCCCAUCAUAUUACAUUGUAUUUGAUUGGUUAAUCAAUGUCACCUGACAUGAGAAAGUUAUUGCGAUUGGUUGAUAUGAUCAUGGUGUUAGAUUGAUACAAUUAUUUUUUGAACUACUGAUUACAUCGUCACCCUGAUGAGAGAAUUUAUUUUGAACAAUUCUUUCACGAUGCCAUAUGACUUAAUUUUGUCUUCAUUGACGGAGGUUUGGUAUCUUGUGAUGUUGGAUUUUUAUAAGAUCUCGAAAAGAAUAACAGCAGAUAUGUCGGUAUAGUGAUUUUUUUGAAAGUUCAUUUCUAUAGACUUUUUGAGACUUUAAAAUAUUGCAAUGAACAUUAAUGAUUUGUCAAACAGAUUUUAUUGUUGUGUUAGUUAUCUACAAAGAUCUGAACAGGAAUGUCAAGUCUUUUAUCCCUGUUGGUGUCUUUACUGUAUAGAAUAUAUUCAUCUUUGCAUUGUGUGUUGUUCGGUGACCUAUGUUUAAAACUCUGUUAAAUUUAGAUUAUGUCUUGUACAGUAUUGAAAUAGUGAUAUAUAAUUGAUGUUUAAAUUUAUUCUAUAGAGUUGAUGUUAGAUUUUAAAUUUAAAAUGAUUAAGUUUCACUGUUUGAUUUUUUUUUUUUUUCUUUCAUUUUGACUUUAAUUUUUUUUUGGAUAGAUUCAGACUAGAUAUGAUUAAAGAAAUAUUUGAGAAAAAAAAGAAUGUUUUGAUGUUGUGGUAUUUAGGUUAUCAGAUUUCUGAGUAUUCUUCAAUCAUUUCUGUAUAUAUUUUAUCAGAAGACUUUGUCUAUUGGGAAAAUACUCCAGUAGGCUAAAUAUUGUUUGUCUGUUUUUUCACAAGUCACAAAUUCACCGAUGCCUUUUUCAUUCUAAUCGUGGUGUUUUCGCUUUGGUCUCAUCAACUCAUGUUUUGAUCUUACAAUGGAAACAGUCUUUAAGAAUUUUUUGACAUUUUUGAUGAUGAAAGUAAAAGAAAUUUUACAUAUAAAUAUUAUAUAUAUAUAUUUGAGAUAUAGUAAUUUGUUGGUUGUUAAGCGUUGUAUUUUGUAGCGUUGUUUUGGUUAUCUUAGUAUAUUGUGACAACAUGUGACCGUAAGUCACAUCAUUGACGACUGCGGUCAGACAUUUUUAACAGACACACCCUGCUGUCAUUAAGGGUCGUGGAAUUUUUAGACAACCCACAUGAUGUUUUUGGGUUAAAUGAUUUGAAAUUGGAUUUUUGUUGAAAAUUGAAUAGCAGAGGAAUUAAAAAAUUCUUCACAGUUUGAGUAAAAUUUUGUUCUUUUAAAACUUUUGUAUUUGCAAAAAGUGCAUUUAUAUUUUGAUCCUAUAAGCGAAAAGAUAUAAAAAUGUUUUUUCCCUCUCAUACUGGCAUUUCAACCAACCAAAGAUUGAAAAUAAGAUGUUUCAUUUGAAACAUGUUUCUGAGUCAGCAAAAGAGCUUGGACAGUUCAAAUGUGUUCUUCUCAAAACUCAUUCACAUGUUCUUUAUGUCUGUAAAUUCAGUAUUUUAAGAUUGCUGGAUUUUUCAAUGAGAAUUUUUUCUUCUUUUUCAAAAAGACAAUCUUCAUUAUCGAGACACUCCUUUUCUAUAAUUGCUUGGCAAUUAAUUAAACACAAUGUAUUAAUCAAUUUCCUGCGAUCAAAAAAGUUAAUUUUUCAGCCAAGAAAUGAGCCUUCUUAAGAAUCUGAUUGUUUGAUUUUGUUGACAGAUUUUACUGCAGAAAGCCCCAUCUCCUCUCCUUAAGAAACGAGAAGAAAAGAUAAACUAAAAUUUGGGUUGGGCUGGGAGGAUGAUAAUAAAACUUUUUCAUGUAAAGUAUCUUUUACCAAUCUGCUGGUGUUUAUGACCUUAUAUAUCUAUAUUUAAAAUCAAAGGAACAUUUAAUAAGGCUGAAAAUUGUUCACCCAUUGAUAACCAGUGUAAAGAUCGUAACACUUGUAACGGUAGUGAAAUAUUCUGACAAAAGAAAUUACUGUCAAAUCUGCCUUAAAAUCUAAAAUACAACUUUAUAUAACAGUUAUUUGUCUGUUUAGGAAAUCUCUACAUAAAAGACACCUGUCAAUAAAGUACAACUUUAUAUAACAAUUAUUUGUCUGUUUAGGAAAUCUCUACAUAAAAGACACCUGUCAAUAAAGUACAACUUUAUAUAACAAUUAUUUGUCUGUUUAGGAAAUCUCUACAUAAAAGACACCUGUCAAUAAAGUACAACUUUAUAUAACAAUUAUUUGUCUGUUUAGGAAAUCUCUACAUAAAAAAAUACCUGUCAAUAAAGUACAUCUCUAUAUAAAAAUACUUGUCUUUAAAGGACACAUCAAUAAAGGAAAAAAAUACCUGUCUAUAAAGGACACAUCUAUAUAUAAAAUACCUGUCUAUAAAGGACACAUCUAUAUAUAAAAUAUCUGUCUAUAAAGGCCUCUUUUUUUUAAGGUUCCAGUGUUAUACAAUUCAAAUCAAUAGAACCUCCUUACAAAGGCUGUUAUUGUUGGAUAUUUUGAAUGAUCUGUAUUAACAGGUCCUUUGCUAUAGAUAACACUGAAAUUUUUAAUACACACCAGUGGGAGUUUUACAAAGCUAUGUACAUAUCGGCCAUUCAGAAAAUGUCACAUUCAUUCAUGUGUUGGGAACAAUUUUCUAUGGAAUAUUAAUCUACACUUUACACUUUUUCUGUAAUUAGUGUUUUAAAGAACUGCAGGUUGAAGUUUUUAAUUCUGAAAGAUUUUUUUCAUUGAAAUAUCUUCUCAAAAUUGUUGUAAUGGUUAAUGUAUUUUGUGAUAUUGUAUUCACAAUACAUUCAAUCAUUUUUAUAUCAUUGUUCAAUAAAAAUCAAUGUAGAAUGAAUUUGAGAAAAAGAUUAUACCUUAAAAUGAAAUUUUUUAACCUGAAUUGUUGAUGAAAUUUAGCACUAUUUUUUCUCCAAGUUUUAGAUCCUGAUUUUAGCAUGGAAAUGUAAGUUUUGAUGGGCAUCAAGUAAUUAUAAUUAGGCAAAUCAACCCUCACUGCCAAUUCCAAAUUUUAAGUAUAAAAUUUUUCAUUUUAAAACUUGCACUUGUUCAUCAAAUAAGGUGCAGAAAUUGUGAACCUAAUAAAUAAAUUAUACACCAGGCUUAAGAUUAAGUCAAUGAAUGAUAUAUUUGUCAUGGAAUUGAAUCUUACAUACAACUGCAAUAUGUUUUCUGUAAAUGCAUUUGACAUGGUUACAAUGCGACACCGUUCCAUUUGAAUUUGGAUUGUUUAUAGUCAUAAAUUUUGACAUUUUUCAACAGUCAUAUAGAUAUUUUAGUAAUUAUCUUUUCAUCACUUGUAAUUUGUUACAGUGUAUUUCUUUCACAUGAUUAAAAUAAAUGUAGCAAUAUUCUUAAAAACAAACUUUUCUUUUUAAAUUCAUGUUUUUAAAAUUUACACGUGUGCCUGAAAGUGGGAUAAAUAAGUAUUUAUUGUGUACAGGUAGUGAUUGUACAAUUACCAGCCAAACUUUCCCUCAGCUUUUAUCUGUUGUAUAGUGUACAAAGAAGCCAUCAAGCAAAUUUUCCUAUUAGUUUGUGUUGUCCAUGUUGUAAUUUGGCCAAAUGUCUUUGGGUUUAUUUAGUUAUUGUAUUUUUUUUCUCUUUCUCUCUCACUUGUUGAAAUUCAAAUUGAUUUGAUUUUGGAAAUUUUUUUUUUUACAAAAGCAUGUAUUGAAAACUACAAAAGUCAUGUGAAAAUUUGUGAUUAAUUUUGGGUAUUGAAGUAUUUUUUUAUGGAUUUUUGGGUUUCUUUGUAAAAGUUGUUGUAAUGGUAUUUAUUGAUGUGCAUAAAGAUGGCAAAAUGAAAGUAUUAAUUAUAGUUUCUAUUGAUAUUUUUGUCAUAGAAUCAUAUGCUUCUCAUUUCCUCUUUCUAGAAAAAAUAUUGCCAGCCAAAAUAUUUUCAUUUCUAUUUGACUUAAUUCAUAUGUAUAUUAAUACAUGUGAUUUUAAAAAUUCUAACAUUUCUUUGUUCUGAAAACUUAGUAUUCAACAAUUCAUUAUACAUGUACAUCACUGUUUUUGGAAGUUCUUUAGAAAUUCUUCACAGUGGUUGAAACAACCAUUAUCUAAAUUUCAUGAGAAAGGGUAAUGUUUCUCUGAAGUGUCGGCCGCACUUUAACUUUAAGUAACAUUUGAUGAAAGUCCUUUCUAGUAUCUGCCAGUCGGUGUAAAAUAAGGAAAUAAGCAUUUUUUAUUCUUUUAUUUAUUUUUUUCUAAGACAGAUAAAUAUCUUGAAAAUAAUUCUCCCAUAAAUCAUUUCCUCGGAAGCAUUUAAAUUUCAGCUAUACUAGUUGACAGUUUCAUUCCAUGCGGCAGACAUCAUUAUGGUUCCUUUUUUAAUGCUUGUAGGGAAAAGGAUGUCAAGAAAGGAGUUUCCUAAGAUUUUACAUAUUCCUAGAUUAGAUCCAGCAAUUAAAAAUAAGUCUCAUUAACUUAAUUUAUUGGAAUACUCAUCAAAUUCAAAUGUCAUGUAAAUCAAUGAUUAACAUAUCUAAAGUAAUCUGCUGACUUCAUGGUGUUUUUUAUAAAGUAUAAACAUGUAGAAUUCAUUGUUCUUUACACUUCAAGAUCAUGACGAAAUGACAUAUAUAUGUAUAUAUACGCAUAGCUAAAGACAUAAUCUAUAAACUUAAAGGUCACAACCGAUUUAAAACAACAAAUAAUUGCAUUUUUUACCACGUUUAUUUCAAGAUGUUCCUGCAAAUUCGUAUUUGAAGUAUAUAUGAUAAGCCUUUGUUGGAAAGUAGUGCUAUGUUUUAUAUACAAUGCUAUGUCUCUUGUUUUAUUAUAAUGUAAAAAUUCUUGUCAUAAUUUGUGAAGUAAACAAAUGUGUUUACAGUCA